AACAUCACGUUGGUGUCAAUUGGACCAUUGAUGCGGUCAGUGGUCAGUGAUCGAAUCUCGGCCAACCGACCGACACUCUUGUCGUCCAAUCUUGCGUUCUUUUCUCCCACCGCCACCGCCAGAGUAGAUCAACCGGUACUCCUGUCGACUGCAGUCAACGAGAACGGAGUCUUCUCCCCGACCACUCGUAAUCUAAUCUAUUUCAAUCAUUUGUGAACCGUGAUAAAAGAUAGACAUUUAUCAGAUUAUUCCUCGGAAGGAAGCAAGGAUCCAGCCAGCACAAGCUCACGGGGCACAUCCCACAUCGCAUUAGAGAAGAGAUAAAUUCGUGGCGUCUGCUGAGUGGCCGGUCUUAGUGUCUUCUGGUGUGUUUGAACGCGAGUGCAAGGGGGGAAAUUAUUAUUACGUUCCAUCAGUUGGUGCCCCAUCCGGUGAACAUUGUUUGCUCAGGAUUCUGUUUCUUCGGCUAUCAUCCACCCAGCCAGCCAUUGCCCAAUCAAGUUAUGUAGCAAAGGCAUCGCUCCAAGUGAAUGUGGAAAAUUGUUGGAAUCGUAACGCACAGGAGAAAAACUUGUUGUUUGUACGGUUUUUGUUUGGUGAGCUACGCCAGGAAUCUGCUUGGCCGUGAUUCGACUUCUUACUAGGAACUAGGAAAGACGGAAAAGCGAGCGCGAGUGGAAAAUGAAAUUAUGGUAAAAUAUCUGCACGUGAUGAAAUAGCAUUCGGACAGGCAUUGGACUUCGGAAUCGUAACCGUUGAGGAACUGUGUGGAUUGAGUUUGACCAGUGAGUUCCAUUGAAAAUUGUGGAGAAAUCAUAAAUUACUUUUGAGUGAGCCAUCGUCGAGAAUUUUCUUUUCAAAAGCUGAAUGCAAUCGUAGAGCGAGCGGAGGCAAAUUUCUCACUGAAAGAAACCUUUCACCUGGUGGAGUAGCAAGCCCAUUUCUAUUGAAGAAAUUCAACUAGGUGCAAUUCAGUUUUCUCCGGAGUUUUCUGUGAUAAGGAAAACCAACACCAACAGAACCAUCCAAAAAAAUGUUCAUCAACAGAAGUGGGAAGCAGCACACCGCCGGCUCAAUAAUGCUCUUGACGACGGGUUUGGCGUUCGUUUUGGUCCUUUUGAUUGGGUCGUCAGCUGGUGUGGAAGCACAGGAAGCAACGAAUCGGGCGCGGAGUCACAAGGCCAUGGGAACGUUCGGUGGGAGUGACGUUGAAACGAGAUCCGCCACUAAUGAGCAGAGGAUGCUGCACAACCAAAAUGAAGAAGGAAAGCUGGUUGACGGUAGUAGCAGCAUUGAAGACGACGAAGCUAGCUCUAGUAGUAGAAGCAGUGGCCUUAGUAAUAGCAGUGAGGAUACUCGGGCCACGACUGACGUAUCAUCGGAACAUCUGGAUGUAACUACUCCGGGCAGUGCAGGCUAUGUGGCAACUACUCCCAAAAUUUCAAAAUCGGCUAAGGUGCUGAGCAGGUACGAGCAAGGUCUGGAGGACUACGAGGAAGCUGCCGCCCGUGUAGAACAGGAAGACAACAUGCAACGGGAACAACAAGAGCAACAGAAACAGCAGCAGCAACCCUUCGGUGGCCUGAUGAAUCCGAUCCUGUCGUCGUUGUUCAAUGUGGUGACGACGGCACUGUCGUCGAAAAGAUCGUUUCAGCUGGCCGGUCCGGACCCAGCCAUGAUAUUCGGAGCCUGGACCAACAGCCGAACCGGUGACAACGAUGGCAGUGCCCGGGCCUUUGGCGAUGCCGGAAAAUCAACAAGCGACAACGACGACGGCAGCGGCAGCGGUGAUGAUGCAGAUAAUCAAACUGGAAACUCAACCACUGUGGCGACGACAGCCGUUGAAAGUGCCAGGUACAUCAAGGGAGAUCCCCUCAAUGGAUACUACGAUUUCGUAAUCUCCGAAGGAUCCUACAAAUUUUGGGCUGUUUUCCAGGUGGCUACAGCUGUGCUCAUCAUCUAUUCUACCUUCGCCGCCAUCUACUACUCCAAAGUGAGCCCCCUGACGUCCGAUUAUGACUACAUCGAUUACCUGAACGGUGGUCGGUCCUUUGCCGGCGGAAGAUCCAUGGACGGCGGUGUGGCGGCAGCGACGGCACGGAGAUCAUCGAACAACAUGUGGGACGGUCUGCUGGAGAAACCCUGGUUCAACGUGGCGACCAAUUCGUUCGCCUUCGUGAUGAAUGCCAUCGAGAAUGCGCCCAAGUAGAUAAGGGAGAGAGAGAGAGAGAGGAGGAGGCGGAGGGAUGGAAAGGAUCCAGACUGGACCCGUUGUUGCCGCCGAGGGUCCGCGUUAUUGCCAAUUUGGAUGAAACAUUUGACACAGCUGGAUACGUGAGCCCAUGAGGGAACCCUUGAGGGGAUGAUGUUUCGGCGCUCCGUCUCGAAUGUUUUAUUUGAAUUCUGGUUUCUGGUUCGUUUCGGGUUAGGUUAAGAAUGAAUUGUAGCAAUUUGUUUCUAGAUGUUAAUCUCUUCCAGAGGUGUAGAUUAUGCUGUCGAAAUUAAGUUAUUUUUCGAGGUUUGUUACAUACCAAUAAAGCGAACAGUUUGAAAU